AUGAAUACAAUUACCAGUGGUCAAGUAACUAGUGAUUAUGUUCGGAAAAUAUUUUAUUCUCAAUUUGAUAUAUUAAGCUCAAAUUCAAUGGUAAAAUAUUUGAAUAAUAAAAACGUCUCAUCCGAUUUAUCAACAUGUUAUGAAACAAUACUGACAAUAAUUGUUCUUUUACAAAAACAAAUAACAGAACAUGUAACAUUCGCAAAAAAUGAUCUUAAAAAUCAGGAAUUCAUAUUGAAUGCCUUAGCCAAGUAUAUCGACAAAUUUUUUACUGAAGAAACAAUUUCUUCUAUAGUAUCAACUCAUUCAUUGCUUUUAAAUGUUGAUAUUAUCACAAUAAUUUGUGAAUUUAUCUGGGCUGUAGUCGAUAAUACAAUAGUAGUUCCCAAUUUUAUAAAUGCUAAUUAUCAUGAAUUUGUUAUUAAAUGGAUAGAUAUAGAAAGUUUAAGCAUGAAACAUCAACGACCACUUAUUAGCAUCAUUCAUAAUUUGGCACGACAUGACAAUGGUGCAGAAGUAUUGAACAAAUGUAAUGCCAUUGAAGUAUUAAAAAAAUACAAAAAAUGUGUAUUAGAUGUUAAUAAAGGCGCACAUCCAGAUAUAAAUUUACUUUAUUGUAUGAUAAUAUCAUUAUUGUCUGAUCCAAAAGAGAAUAAAGAAGAUUCAAAAAAUGUCGAUAAAAUAUUAGAUAAAUUACUGCAAACAGCAAUCGAUGCAUCAUUAACAAGAAAUUUUAAAGCAAAUGGAUUUCACAUUAGUGAACCAAUUGUCGUUUUAACAAAAUUAUGUGUACAUGAUGAUAUUUUACAUUAUGUUUUAAAUGAAGCAAAAGUAACAAAACCGCAAACAUCAGUUAUACAAUUCUUUAGUGAUACCCUAAUAAGUUUUCGUGGUGCAUUGGCGAACGACGAUGAAACAGAUCAGUUAACAUGCUGUGCAUUAUUCAACAUUGUUUGGUCGAUAUCAUUUCAUGAUCAAUACGUUGAAGAAUUAAAAUCAAAUACAAAGUUUUUACUUACAGUUAAGAGUUUGGCGAACGAUGACGGUGGAUCCUUAGUUGAUCAAUAUGUUCCAAAACAUAUGUCUUCAGUCAAAAAAGCAGCAAAUGGAAUACUAUGGAAUUUAGAUGAAAAUAAUCCAGCUCGUCUUUCUCAAACAUCAACGGUCACCGUAUCAGAACAGGUAGUUUGUAGUACUGAACUUAAAUCAAACACAACAGAUAAGAAUAAUCGAUUACUAAUUAUGAUUAGUUAUUCACAUAGCGAUGUUAAAUUUUGUCAACAACUAGUCGAUUCACUCAGAAAAGAUAAUCAAUUCGAUAUUUGGGUUGACUUUUCCUACUGCCAUACAGAAGAUUUAUGGGAAGAAAUUGGUUGUGCUAUUGAAAAAGCGAAUGUUGUUCUAUUUUUGAUGACAAAAGACUAUUAUGAUUCAAAAUCGUGUCGUCAAGAAGUUAUGUAUACCAAGGAUUCAUUAAAAAAACGUUUUAUUCCAAUUUAUGUUCAAAAAGAUUUUCAAGCAACCGGAUGGUUAGGUAUACGCGUUGUUGGACCACAAUAUAUUCGUUUUGGUAAAAAAUCAUUUGAUGAAACUAUGACGGAGUUAAAGAAACUAAUAUUAGAUGAUGGUAAAAGUGAGAAAAAAGACUCGGAGAAACAUUCCGUUGUUCCAGUAACGGAAAAAGUUGAAACUAUUGAAAAACAACAAACAAAAAAUAUCGAGAAAGAGCUAAAUAAAUCAGAUGAUUAUACAAAAAAAGUGGAUGAGGAUAAUGAUUCGAAAAUAACCGACGAAAUGAAACAACAAUUAAUAGCAAAACCGAUCAGUCAGUGGAGCACAAUAGAUAUCAAUAAUUGGUUUGAUCAAAAUCAUAUUCGAUCAGAAUUAAGAUAUCUUUAUGAAUUUCAAACGGGCGAUGAUCUGAUUUUCUAUUCACAAAGUUUGAAACCUGACUGGCAAUCAGAAUAUAUUGAUAUACGUGAUCGAUAUAUAAAAAAAUACAAUAAAACAUUGUAUAAAGAUCAAUUUGUUCGUCUCGUUAGCGCAUUAGAUCGUCUCACAUUGGAUUACAAUACAGCGAAGUCUAAUGAUAAGAAAAAAACUUCGAAUACAUGUGUUAUUGUAUGA